AUGAGCUCUGCUACCGCUACUUCCUCCACAUCUGCCGCUCCUGCCGCUGCUGCUGCGCCGACGACGAAUGCCGCCGGCAAGCGCAUCUGCUGCGUGUGCAAGGACACGAAGAAGGUGAGGGACGAGUGCAUCUUCCAGUUCGGCGAGGAGAAGUGCCAGGAACCCAUCGAGCUCCACAAGGUUUGCCUGCGAAGUGAGGGAUUCGACAUUCAGUAA